AUGAAGUAUGUGUUAUUGGCUUUGGUGCUAGCUAUGGCACUAGGUACAUCAAGUGAGGAAAAUGUCCUACAAUUAUUGGCUGAGUUGAAACACAAUGCUGAGUUAGAAUUAGAAGGAUUAGAAUUAGCUUGGCAAAGAAGAAUUGGUGAAAAAUAAAGUGUUGCUGAUUCUCUUAAUCAAUCUGUAUUAAAUUAAAGAGCUGAAUGUCAAAACAAAGAAGAUGACAUAGCUUAAAAGCAGAGUGAUAUAUUGGCUAGUGAAAGUUUCAUUAAUUGGAUGAGUGGAAGAUAAAAGUCAAAUGCAAAGAAGAUAGGAGUAUUGGAAGCAAGCAUGUAAGAGUAUUUUAAAUAUAUAAAGAUGUGCAUUAACAAACAACUAUGUAAAUGAUAUAAGAAAUUUCAGAUAUGCUUUAGCAUUAGUGAAAUUUUUGAGAGAAGAACUAACAUAAUUAGAAGGAGGAGCAUCAUCUUUAGCUUAAGUGACAUAAUUCCAUGAUAGAGUUAGCAAAUUCGUUAAACUCUAUCGUAGUGGUUAAUUAGUCAAUUUAAUUGAAAAAAUUGAUGAUAAAUCAGAUCUCAUUGUUCCUGAGAUUGAAUAAGGCACAUUUGAUGAAAUUUCACUUAUUCAAAGAAUUAGACCAAAAGCUUUGACUUAAUUAGACUAAGUUGAUAAUGAUGAUGAUGAUAAGGCAAAUAAUGCAGUUGUUCUUAUUCCAGGAUGUGAUGAUUAAAUUGGUACUGUAGUUGUUGUUUAAAAUGAUGAUGGAACAUCUGAUUCUGGAGAUCUUAAUGUUAAAAUCACUAAUGGAGGUGGAGUAAGUACAAAACCAAGUGGAGGUAAAACAAGUACUGGAUCUAAACCACAUAAAGAUGUAACAUAAAAGAAAGAGGAAGUUACUCAUGAUAAUGAUAAUAAUGAUAAUGAUAAUGAUAAUAAUGAUAAUAAUAAUAAUGAUAAUGAUGGAGAUAAUAAUGAUGAUGAUUAAGAUACAGAUGAAAAUUAAGAUGAUGUAGAUGAUAAUGAUAAUGUUGAUGAUGGAGAUGAAGAAGAUUAAACUGAAGAGGAUCAUCCUGAAAUUGUUAUUGAUGAUUAAUAACCAGAUCAUCAUGUUGAUGAGGAACCUCAUAUUGUUAUAUCACCUCCUCCAAAAGGUCCUCAUGCUACUGGAGCUAUUGUACCACCUGAAGAAGAAGAUUUUGCAGAUAAUUGGGAAGUAUUUAUGAUUAUUAAAUAUAUUAGGGAUUUAGAAAAUUAUUAGAUGCAAUUGAAAAUCAUACUAGAAAAUCUUUAGAAACUGGAGCUAAUGAUGAAGUAAGAUCUAAUUUAGGAUUCAUUGAUUUUAAAUUACAUAUUGAAUUAGAAAAUCAAUUCUUUGAUAAAACUAUAUAAUAUGAAAAAGAUUAUUUGGUAUAAAAUAUUUAUUAUCAUUAGGUUAAAUAAGUUAAUUAAUUAACUGGUAGAAGAUAAGCUUCUAUUUUAUGUGGAGCUAGAUUAAAAUAAAUUACAGUAGCUCAUUAAGUUGCUUUGAAAGUAAGAUUCUAUAUUUAUUAAAGGAUAUCGAUGCUGCAAAAUAAUUCUAUGAAGAACAAAGAAAAUUGAAAUAAGAAGAAGUAAAUACCUUUGAUGAUGUUUAUCGCAUCUAUACCACAUAAGUGAAUCAUUGAU